AGCCACCCUGGCUCGAGGGAGGCGAACGCCUCCUUGGCAUAGCAAAGCCAGGAACGGUUGGCUAUGGGAUGUGGCGCUUGCAAAGCGUCGGACGACGUCUUUGAGGUGAACUUCUAUGACAGCUACAAGCUGGGCAAGAAGCUCGGGCAGGGGACCUUCGGCCAGGUGCGGCUGGCCAAGGACAAGUUCAACGACGCGGAGCUGGCGGUGAAGAUUGUGGACGUGAGGCACUACGACGAGAAGACCGGCGCCUGCACGGGCGAGAUAAGCCGUUCUCGGAACAAGGCAACUCGUGACGAGAUUCUGCACUGGAAGCGCAUUUGCGCCUCGAAUUGCGAACACGUGGUGAAGCUGCACAAGGCCUUCUCCGACAAUUCUUUGUACUAUAUGGUGUGCGAGCGUUGCAAGCGUUCGAUGCUGGACAUGACUGUGGACGGUUUGACGGAGGGGGACUUGUCCAACAUGUUCCAGCAGAUGUCAAAAGGCAUUUUGCACACCCACUCCUGCGGCAUCGUCCACCGGGAUGUGAAGCCGGACAACUUUCUCUGGGGGGGUCCCACUCACAGCACCUUGAAGCUUUGUGACUUUGGGCUGGCCGCCACGAUGCCCGCGGUGGGCAAGCUGGGGGGUAUCUACGGGACGGCGCCCUACAUGGCCCCAGAGAUGCUGAGGGGCGUGGGCUACGACUAUUUGGUGGAUGUGUGGUCCCUGGGGGCGGUGGCCUACUUGCUGUCCUUCGGCAGGUUCCCCUAUACUCCCAUGGAGCAGACCUCCGCGUCCAUGAAGGAUGCGAUCAGCAAGGACUCGCCAGCUUUGCGGAUCCCACUGGAGAGGGCAGCGGAGGGCAGAUGCUCCGAGCAGCUGAUCAGCUUCAUUGCCAGCAGCCUGUGCCGCGACGCCACGAAGCGCUCCUCAGUGCAGCAGCUGCUGCAGCACCCCUUCCUCGCAAUCCCCUCGAGACCGGAAUCGCCGACAGAGGAGCACGAGCCGGCGGAGCCGGACCCGGAUUCCCCGCGGCCGAUGCACGUGCGCUCCAUCGCGCAGAACUUGAUGAGCCGGCCCAGCCCCACGGUGCAGAACGGCAUCGACGAGCUGCUGCAGAAGCUCUUCGACAAGCACGGGGGGGAGGCGGCGGGGUCCAAUAUGUUUUUCUCCGAAGGGGACGAGGACAAGGAGAAGGAGCAACAGGACGACGUGUCCCCCACCAUGCGUGCAGCGGACUGCCGCAUCCGGAAGAAGAACUCCCGGCGCAACGUCAAGCACGCCACCCACUCGGGUGUAAUCUCCCCGGCCGUGAUGGGCCAGCUUGGGGCCAACACCAGCGCUUCCUCAGAGGAGAACGAGGGCGAACCCGAGAGCCCUCCCAACCCCUGAGGCCUUUCGUUUCACACGGAACCGGAAUUUCCCAACCUCGCGUUUCGGGUUCCGGCAUAAAAAGACUCCCC